AUGGCGGACGUUCAAGGAAGAAGUGAAAGUAGGAUUUAACCUGCAAGGAAACUGUUGAUUACCAACUAAAUUGUUAAGCACAUGUCUUAAAUUUGCCAUCAAUCUCAUGUGUAAUUGAAUUAUUUUCGUAGAUGUGCCAUCAUGUCAGAUACAUACACUAGCUAUGUUACAAUGUGAUUUUCGAUCACAGAGUCAUAUGACGAACAGCGACACAGCAAUCUAGGACAUUUUCUGUGAUACUGUUAAUCUGUUGUUUCUGUUGCUUGUGAUAUUUCUUAGCAUCGAAGGCAACUCGCAAUUAGACAGUGUAUUUUUAAUUACUUGACACACCAUCAGUGGAAACCUCGGACAUGGAAGAAGAGGGGCCCGAACCCCUGGGUGCCCGCUCCAACAAUGUGGACAUCGAAGAGUUGACUAAAUGGAAUCUAACACAGCUCCCCGAGUUCAUUGAGUCCAUAGACAGUCACUCUGGUGAGGAAGUGGAAAUCAACACACCAUUCCCUUGGAGAAGCGACCUUAACUCUAAAAUCAUACUUUGGUGUGGUGACAUCACACUACUUAAUGUUGAAGCUAUUGUUCAUUCAACGAACGAAAAGUUCAACAACUCGGCUAAAACCCCUGCAUCAGAAGCCGUAUAUGAAAAAGCAGGCCCUGAACUGCUGGCCGACCUUAAGAAUAAUGUACGAGUUUGUAAGACAGGUGAUGCUAAGCUCACAAAGGGUUAUAAGCUCCUGGCCAGGUAUGUAAUACAUACAGUGGGGCCUCGCUACAACUUCAAGUAUGUCACCGCAGCAGAAAGUGCCCUGUUCAGCUGUUACAGACAGGUGUUACAGCUAGUCAGAGAAACAAAUAUAAAGACUGUAGCCCUGACUCCAGCUCACUCCGUGACCAGGGGCUAUCCUCCCGAGGACGGAGCUCAUAUAGCAAUCAGAACAGUACGAAGAUUUUUAGAAAAAUUUGGAGAUGAAGUGGAAACCAUUGUCUUUCAAUGUACUGAAGAUAAUAUGGAAGUGUACCAGAAGACCAUACCUCUUUACUUCCCCCGCAGCAGCAAGGAGGAAGCUAUGGCCUCCUGUAUGUUACCUGAGAAUGUUGGUAACGAAGAUGGGGAACCGAUAAUAGCUGAACGGAAGAUCAGGAUCAUGGAUAAACCCACUUUUGCCUCCAUGCGUGGUCACACUGAAGAGUUUGAGGAAACCGUUGAUCUCAAUAAAGAGUUUGCAACAUCCACAGUCCUGGAGGUAGGCAAACAUCCAUUUGCUCAGAUGCAGGAUAAUCCAGAUGAGAUGAAGAAAUCUGCCAUCAUGGGAAAAUCUACAGAUGAACAGCGACAGCUAGAAAAUAGACGAAGGUAUGAGAGGCUGAUGAAGCGUGCGAGGACGGAGGACCUGACAGAUAUAGCAGCCUUGAAAUGUCUGUACCGGACAGGAGUGGACAAGUUUGGCCGCCCAGUGGUCAUCUAUGUGGGGAAACAUUUCCCUGGAGAGAGUGUAAACCUGGAAAAGGCCCUCCUGUACAUGUUGAGGGUGAUGGAGCCGGUUGUGGAGACAGAUUACGUAGUGGUGUACCUCCAUACACAGACCACAGCGUCUAACCACCCACCCAUGAACUACCUCCGUCAGGUGUAUAGUUUACUAGAUAACAAAUACAGGAAGAAUUUGAAAGCCUUCUAUAUUGUCCAUCCCACCUGGUGGUCCAAGCUUGCCACCUGGUUUUUCACAACAUUCACUGCAUCAGACAUAAAAAACAAGGUGUUCAGUUUGAGAGGUGUCCAGUACCUAUACAGGUCCAUAGCACCGGACCAGAUUGACGUGCCAUCAUUUGUAACAAAUUAUGAUAUUCAGAUUAACGGUCCCCGAUACUAUGAACCUCCUGAUGAAAGUCAGGAAGGAUUGUGAUGAAAGUGUGUGGCAUAGUCUGGGAAGUAGUGAAAACAUCGAUAUUAAAAGUGUACUUAAAAUAUCAUGGUGAUAAACACGACAGGACUGUAUAAUGUCAUAAUAACGAUGGUAUUAUUGAAACUUUGAUAUACAAAUGUAUAUGUAAAAAUAUAAUGCUAUGCUAAUGUAAUGUUAUCUGUCUAAAUCAGUUGGCCACAUCUGUAAUUUGAAUUUUGAUAUCAGGGAUAAUAGAAAAAUUUUCAAAAAAUCAAAUUGGAAGAAAUAAAAUUUAGAGAAGUAAAAACUUACAUGAACCCAGUAAAGAUAUGCUUUGGUUGCCACCACAAUCCCUCUGGGAUCCUUUUAUAUCAUUUUUUUCAUUUCUUCAAUAAACCAAUAAUACAUUAGAUAAAGACCAGGGCAUGUGAUACUUAACAACAUAUAUCAUUGUUUUAGUAUUCAUUAUAUCGACAGGCAGAAAUUACAAGUUCGUAGUAAAUGUGUUUUAUGUUGUCAUUAUCAAAAUUCUAAAAAUGUAGUUUUUAAAUGUAUGACUUGUAAUGUUUUAUUGAUUGUUUUCUUCUAAGGCCUACUUAGUUAAAAUACUUACGUGAAAGUCCUCUGCAGGACUGUAUCCUUUAUCCUUGAUCACCCUAACUCCAUAAUGUCCCAUUAAGUUAGAUAAUAUUUGAUAUACAAAAUUACUGUAUAACAUGAAACUUUCCUUGUGUCUAAACCUUCAUUGUUUUCUUGGCUGCUAUGAAACCACAAAUACAAAUACACUGUACAAUGAAUAUUGUUGUAUGUAUUAUUGUUAUAUUAUUGUUGCAUUGGCUAACCAUGAAAGUUUGUAAUUUGUAAUUUUAAAAUAAUUUGAAAGCUCCAAAUCAUGAAAGCACAAACAUUUCCUGUUAUACAGUACAAUGUAAAUACAGUAUAAUUAUGAAUUAAUGUAAUUUUGUGUCCAUUUUAUAGUUAUAUGUAUUAUAAAGUAUCUAUUGCUUUACACCAUAUACUUUGCUUUAUCUAUUUUGUAAAUUAUUUUGUAGAUUAAAUAUGGGUUUGUGUAAAAGUCAUAGCCAAAGCACACAUUAUCUUUAUUGUUGUACACCCAUUGACAUAAUUAUGAUAAGUUUAAGUGAUUAAUCCUAUUAAAUGUAACAUCGAUGUCAUUUUUGUUUUAAUUUGUAGAAUGUAAGACCACAUUAAUUUUUGAUAUGUUUUACAUACUGAUCCAGUGUAUGCUGUGACAUAAAAGUUAAAUAAAUCCUACAUAUUAAAUUGUUUGUUGAUAAUUGAUGUUUCGUGGUUUUGCCAUUGGAUGUUAGAUAUGUCCCUGUGAUUUAUUUGUGAUCAUAAAUAGAAAAACCUUAAAAAACAGAAUUAUAGGGUACACACAUGUACUUGCUAUAUGGAAUUAUACAAAGUUGCAAUCACACAUUUCAACUAGAUCAGGAACUUGGUGAGUCUAUGGUUUCAGUUUUGGAUAGAAGAAGAAUUUUCUUUAUUUAAUAUAUGUGUUUAGUAUGUGAAGGAUAUGUUGUAUGCAGUAUGGUAGAGUGUAUUAAAGUAUGGUUGCUACAGUUAAGUUUGUGUAGAAAAUAAAAUUGGAUAAUCCUCUAUUACCGUGUAUAUUACUACACUAUAUAAAGUAGUAUUUAUACAAUAAAUUUAACCAUGUCUCUUUAUCACUGGUCAGAAAUUCAUUUGUGCAUAUUAUUCCAAGAAGAUGCCCACACACAUUAUUAUAAUUAUCUUACCUUGAAUGAGUGUCCCUUUGUCACAAUGCCUGAGUCACUAACACAAUGACUUGUAUGAGAGUCACUAUCACAAUGUCUUGUAUGUUAAAGUAUUAUUACAAAUGUAGAGUAGACCAAUGAGCAAAAAUACUCUGCAGAUGAGACAUUAUUUGUGGGAGUUAUUUCCCUUCCUAUGCAUCCUUCGCUUAUUAGACACUUUUUGUCUGAGAUAGGUGUAGUCUGAGAUAGGGCUGGGCGUUGGGUGUAGUCCGAGAGGCUGGGCCUUGGAUGUAGUCUGAGAUAGGGCUGGGCCUUGGGUGUAGUCUGAGAUAGGGCUGGGCCUUGGGUGUAGUCUGAGAUAGGGCUGGGCCUUGGGUGUAGUCCGAGAUAGGGCUGGGCCUUGGGUGUAGUCUGAGAUAGGGCUGGGCCUUGGGUGUAGUCUGAGAUAGGCUGGGCCUUGGGUGUAGUCCGAGAUAGGGCUGGGCCUUGGGUGUAGUCUGAGAUAGGGCUGGGCCUUGGGUGUAGUCUGAGAUAAGGCUUGGCCUUGGGUGUAGUCUGAGAUAGGGCUCGGCCUUGGGUGUAGUCUGAGAUAGGGCUGGGCCUUGGGUGUAGUCUGAGAUAAGGCUGGGCCUUGGGUGUAGUCUGAGAUAGGGCUGGGUCUUGGGUGUAGUCUGAGAUAAGGCUUGGCCUUGGGUGUAGUCUGAGAUAGGGCUCGGCCUUGGGUGUAGUCCGAGAUAGGGCUGGGCCUUGGGUGUAGUCUGAGAUAGGCUGGGCCUUGGGUGUAGUCCGAGAUAGGGCUGGGCCUUGGGUGUAGUUCGAGAUAGGGCCGGGCCUUUGGUGUAGUCUGAGAUAGGGCUGGGCCUUGGGUGUAGUCUGAGAUAGGCUGGGCCUUGGGUGUAGUCUGAGCUAGGCUGGGGCUUGGGUGUAGUCCGAGACAGGGCUGGGCCUUGGGUGUAGUCCGAGAUAGGGCUGGGCCUUGGGUGUAGUCCGAGAUAGGGCUGGGCCUUGGGUGUAGUCCGAGAUAGGGCUGGGGCUUGGGUGUAGUCCGAGAUAGGGCUGGGCCUUGGGUGUAGUCUGAGAUAGGGCUCGGCCUUGGGUGUAGUCUGAGAUAGGCUGGGCCUUGGGUGUAGUCCGAGAUAGGGCUGGGCCUUGGGUGUAGUCUGAGAUAGGGCUGGGCCUUGGGUGUAGUCCGAGAUAGGGCUUGGCCUUGGGUGUAGUCUGAGAUAGGCUGGGCCUUGGGUGUAGUCCGAGAUAGGGCUGGGUCUUGGGUGUAGUCUGAGAUAGGGCUCGGCCUUGGGUGUAGUCUGAGAUAGGGCUGGGUCUUGGGUGUAGUCUGAGAUAGGGCUCGGCCUUGGGUGUAGUCUGAGAUAGGCUGGGCCUUGGGUGUAGUCCGAGAUAGGCUGGGCCUUGGGUGUAGUCUGAGAUAGGCUGGGCCUUGGGUGUAGUCUGAGAUAGGGCUUGGCCUUGGGUGUAGUCUGAGAUAGGCUGGGCCUUGGGUGUAGUCCUAGAUAAGGCGGGCCUUGGGUGUAGUCUGAGAUGGGGCUCGGCCUUGGGUGUAGUCUGAGACAGGGCUCGGCCAUGGGUGUAGUCUGAGAUAGGCUGGGCCUUGGGUGUAGUCUGAGACAGGGCUGGGCCUUGGGUGUAGUCCGAGAUAGGGCUGGGCCUUGGGUGUAGUCUGAGAUAGGGCUGGGCCUUGGGUGUAGUCUGAGACAGGGCUGGGCCUUGGGUGUAGUCUGAGAUAGGCUGGGCCUUGGGUGGGUAGACAGAAUUACAGUUUUUUGAAGGGAAGUUUAUUUGAUAGGUCUUCAGAGACACAUAUCCUUGUAGAAACUAUGACAUGACCAAAGUAUUCUAAUUAGGUCAGUGUUUUGUGUUGUUUGUUUGUUUUUGUAUAAAUACACGUUGGCCGUUUUUUUUUUUUUUUUUCAUUUCUUUCUGUAUUUUUCUGUAUGGAUUUUCCAUGAUUACAUGAUCAUCCUUUAUUCGCUGAUUGUUAUAUUUAUUCAAUGCCUAUAAAGAAGAUUAAUACGUUAAUUUCAUGAGAUGUGUACGUAAUUUAAAGCUACAUGCAUUGCCUGUGCUGCUUGAUUGAUUUCUGUGAUUGUAGGGCUACAAUGAUAAUGUGUUCAAUACGAAAAUAUUACUGGUAUAUGAUUCCUGAAUCUGAAACAGCUUGUACCUGGAACACCAUUUUGUCUGUUGUGUAAAAUUUAGGAUAAAUUUUUGAGCUCAGAAACAAAAAAACAAUAAGUGUCAUAUAAUAAAUUAGAUAUCAA